AUGUAUUCCAUCUCUCNGGCCAACUCGGUCAUACUCCUUUUGAUCCAGGUGGAUUCACGCCUCCACAGUCCCAUGUACUAUUUCCUCAGCCAUCUGUCCUGCUUAGACAUUUGCUAUCCCUCAGUCACCCUCCCCAACAUCCUGGUGAACCUCCUGCGCCAACAACCCACCAUCUCCUACAACGAGUGCAUGGCCCAGAUGUUCUUCCUCAUGACCUUUGCGGGAACUGAAUGCGCGCUGCUGGCCGUGAUGGCCUACGACCGCUAUGCGGCCAUCUGUGAACCUUUGCACUAUGCUCAACUCAUGGGUAAGUGGGUUCGAGUCCCUCUGGCUACAGCUUCAUGGGUCUGGGGUCUUAUUGACUCUAUUUUUCACACUGCACUGGCCACCGAUGUGGCCUUCUGUGGCAACAACCAGAUCCAUCACAUCUUCUGCGAUGUCCCCCCACUCUUGAAAAUUGCCUGCAGUGACACCUAUGUCAAUGAGAUGGCUCUUCACACAGCAAGUAUCUUUGUAGGGCUGUGUCCUUUCCUCCUCGUUGUCAUUUCAUAUGUCUACAUCUUAUCUUCCAUUCUGCAAAUCCGUUCUAACAGUGGAAGGAGAAAGACUUUCUCCACGUGUGGUGCCCACCUGGUCACCGUCAUUCUCUUCUAUGGGAUGAUCAACUUGAAUUACAACCGUCCAAGUGCGGGCUACUCCUUGGGCAUGGACACUCUGGUCUCCAUCCUCUAUUGUAUCGUCACCCCCAUGCUGAACCCCCUAAUCUACAGCCUCCGAAACAAGGAGGUCAAAGGGGCCCUACAAAAACUUCUGGGCACUCAGGAGAAGGAAGAUGCAUCUCCAGGAAGACAGUGA